CGUACCCGUUGACCUCGACCCGGCUGUUCUGGGUGCAGUGAAUGCUCUCGUCGUCUUCAAAGAUGUCUUUGCGUGAUGCCACUGGUGCGCGUGCGGCGCGGUCGGCGCUGUUUGGGGCACGGCGCGAGGGUGAUGAUGAGGCGCAGCGGGCGUUCGCCUCGCGCAACCUGGACAUGCAGGUCCAGCAGAACGACGCAGAGAUCCAGGCCAUUGCGUCCAAGGUCUCCACGGUCAAGCACAUCUCCAUCGAGAUGCGGUCGAUUCUCGGCCAGCAGCUCGACGACAUCGAGGAUCUGGACGGCUCGAUGACGUCGGCCAACUCGAUGCUGGGGAGGACCAUGAACCGCCUCUCGGACAUGAUCGCCACUGGCGGCUCACGCAACAUCUGCUACCUCGCACUCUUUAUGGUUGCCAUCUUCUUUGUCCUCUACUCGCUCUUCCAGUACUUUCGCGCUUCCGAGGCCUAGCCGCCUUCUCCAGUCUGCUGCGCAUUGCUCGCGCCGCGGUUGCCAUGGAGGUUGGAGCUGUGAGGCAAUGACCACAAGUCACCUAUCAUGGAGAAAAGGAAAGGGGGGAUGAAGACCAAAGAGGCUGAUCUCUCGAGUCUUCUUGUUGGCGGCCGUCGAGCUGCAGCCACGCACCCGGCGGUCUCGUAAACAUGAGUGCCACCGCCA